AUGCAGGAGGCAGCUGGAGUGCUGAAGGAGGGAUUUCUUGUCAAACGGGGACAUAUUGUUCGUAACUGGAAAGUGAGAUGGUUCGUUCUGCUUCAAGAUAAGCUGCUGUAUUACAAAAUUGAAGGAGGCAAGAAGGAGCCUUCACCGAAGGGCAGGAUCCUUCUAGAUGGCUGCACUAUUACCUGUCCAUGCCUGGAAUAUGAAAACAGACCGCUACUCAUCAAACUUAAGACAAAAACCAACACAGACUAUUUCCUCGAAUGUUGCUCCAGGGAGGAGCGAGACUCUUGGGCUUUGGACAUCACUGGAGCUAUUCAUGCUGGUCACCCAGUACAGGUACAAGAGCUUCACAAAAUGAAGAAUUCCUUCAAACUACUAGAGAAUAUCAGUCUCCACCACAUAGUGGAGAGAAUGUGUGACAACACUACUGGAAUUAAGCUGACCCGCAACUUGGAGCAAGGCAACAGAUACAAAGAGACCUUUACAGGUUCUGCCCUGGUGGACUGGCUCAUCUCCAAUAGCUUUGCUGUGUCACGAUUUGAGGCCGUCACUUUGGCAUCCAUGCUGAUGGAGGAGAACUUCAUCAAGCCUGUGGGAGCCCGCAGCACUGAGGCCACACGCUACAGUGACCUCUCUGAGCAGUUCCUUGACGACUCCACUGCACUGUACAUGUUUGCUGAGAGCAGUAAUAAAAAUAUCAGUUCCAAGGAAGAGCUGCAAUUUAACAUCUCUGAAUUAAGUGGCACAAUUGUGAAGCAAGGAUUCUUAGUGAAGCAGGGCCACAAGAGAAAAAACUGGAAGGUGAGGAGAUUUGUUUUGAGAGCUGAUCCUGCUUUUUUGCACUACUAUGACCCCACUAAGGAAGAAAACAGACCAGUAGGUGGAUUUUCUCUUCGUGGCUGUCUUGUCUCAGCUCUGGAGGACAAUGGAGUCCCAGCAGGAGUGAAGGGCAAUGUACAAGGCAACCUCUUCAAAAUCAUCACUAAAAAUGACAUUCAUUAUUACAUUCAGGCCAGCUCCAAGGCAGAGCGAACACAGUGGAUUGAGGCGAUCAAACCAUUGACAUGAGUAAGGUCAACUCCAUGCCAAAAGACAAGUCACAUUUGUGAACAAGUUUCCUGCCCUCAUUGUCUGGGAGUGUUG